AUGAUCGCCGCGAUUCUCGACGGCCUGGGACGAGACGGCGCACCAAUCCGCGCCCUCAAUGCACAUCUUCCGCCUCCCUCGGACGUUUCAGGAACCGCGCUCGUCGUAGAUGUGGGCGGAACGAACAUGCGGGCCGCCGUUGUCACCGUCAAAAAUGGCCAGGCCACGUUCGACAAAGGGCCGGUCACCGAUGCGCUCGACGCGCGAGACGUCGCAAUCACGGGACCGGACUUCUUCGCCGUUCAGGCUGAUCUCGUAACGAAGCUCGACCCGCCCAUGGGACUGCCGGUCGGCUACUGCUUUUCGUAUCCAUCCGAAGUGCUCCCCGAUCUGGAUGCCCGCCUCAUCGCUUGGACCAAAGGCAUCGCGAUCCCUGACGUGGUCGGCAGCUUGGUGGGGACGAAACUGGGCGAAGCGCUCGGCGAGCGCGGACUCGCACCGACGCGGGUCCAUGUCCUCAACGACACAGUCGCCAGCUUGAUUGGUGGCGCACUCGGCGACCGUGAUCCUCGACGGGUCAUCGGAUUGAUCGCAGGAACCGGCUCGAACAUGGCCGCGUUCUUUGAGCCUUCCGUAAGCUCAAAGUUGCCCGAAGGUGGGCCGCUUGCCGUCAACCUCGAGAGCGGGAACUUUCCGAUUCGUUUUCUCACAGAAGCGGACGCGCGCGUGGACCAAGAAAGUCCGAACGUCGGUGCGCAACGAUUCGAAAAGGCGGUCGGCGGAAUCUAUCUUCCGUAUGUGUACCGCGCGCUCGGCGGCGACAUCGACGUAACGUUGGGCUCUGGUGAACUCGUUCGUCGUCGUCAAAACGGUGACGAAAUCGCGGGUUCGGUGCUCGAACGAAGCGCACGUCUCGUCGCCACCGGCAUCGCCGCCGUCGCCGAAGCACGACAACAACCGUCCGCCGUGGUGGUGGUGGCCGAAGGAAGUCUCUUUUGGCGAGACCCGAUGUUCAAACCCGCCGUCGAGCGAGAGCUAUCGAGUCGACUGGGCGGCCGAAGUUACAAGAUUCGCCGGCGCAAAGACGCGAACCUUAUCGGCUCCGCGGUCGCUGCUCUGUAUCAACGAACCGUGCGGUAG